UUUAGAAUAUUUAGACACACAGGACCUGUUGAGGUUGGAUGUUUCCAUAAAUCCGAGUUAUCCUGAAUGCGUCACGGGGUUGAAUCCGGAAGCAUAGUAGCUCUGAAUUUACUGCAGCGGCAUCCUGGUGGGUUAGGCUCGGGACCUCAAGCUACUGCAAACAGGUAUGCUGUGAAACAGGUUUUUGUGAAGCUGAAUUUCCGAAGCCUGACAGUAAAAUCCGUGGCCAUGUCUCAGAAGGACCUGAAGGAAGCGUUUAUCAGUAACCUCAAUGGGACCAGUCUGCAGGAGGUGGCCCUGGGCUCUUUUCUGGCCCCACUAUGUCUCAUUAACAGAGGACUGAUUUUGACUAUCUACUAUCAGGCCAAAAAGACUCUUCCUCUGCCACUUCCAUUGAUUUCUCACCUGAUUCUAGACUUCUGUUUGCUUAUCCUUCCCCUCGUCCUGUCGUGCACCGUGCUGAGCAGCGUUCUCCACCAGGUCAUCUUGGGCCUUACCGUUGUUUCAGCCUUUGUAUUAUGGUACAUCCACCAUGUCAGUAUUCAAUCUGCUCAGAGAACUGUCAGCACCUUCCUCAAGAGCCACGUUCAAUUCAAACAGGUUCCCUUUGUGACCAUCUUUCGAGUGUUUGUGAAUGUGAAAACAGCCAUCAGCAUUCUUGCUGUAGACUUCAGUGUCUUUCCAAGGCGAUAUGCUAAAGCUGAAACCUAUGGGACAGGUGUUAUGGACUUUGGUGUUGGAGCGUAUGUCUUUGCAAAUGCCCUUGUGUGUCCAGAGGCACGGGGGAAGAACAUCUCAGGAUCCAAGAUGAAUCACAUCGCUAAGCAGCUCAUGUCUGUGUGGCCCCUGGUUGUGCUUGGCAUGGGAAGGCUUCUGAGCCUCAAGAUGUCCGGCUACCAGGAGCAUGUGACAGAAUAUGGCGUCCACUGGAACUUUUUCUUCACACUAGCUAUUGUCAGAGUUGUGGCUUCUGUGCUUUUGGCCAUUUUACCAGCCAAUAAAUCAUGGCUCGUUGCCCUUCUGAUCAGCGGAUGUUAUCAAUUCACUCUGGAGACAUCUGGCCUAAAGGCUUUCAUUAUCCACAACAAUGACAGAGAAAAGGACUUUCUCCAUGCUAACAAGGAGGGCAUAUUCUCUGUCCUGGGUUACGUAGCCAUCUAUAUGGCAGGGGUUCAGGUUGGACUCUAUGUAAUGCAACCCAGAUCCAAUGUUAGACAGUGGCUCCAAACCAUUUUUAACCUGUUCUUGGGAAGUGUGGUCCUGUACACUGCUUUGUUCGCAUGUCUGACAUUCGUUGAGCCAGUGUCUCGCCGCUUAGCUAAUCUACCUUUCUUCCUGUGGAGUGUGGCUCAGUCUUUAUUUUUUAUGUCCUGUCUUGGUACAGCUGAUAUGGUUUUACUGUUUUCCAAAAGAUCAUCAGGCUGUCACUUGAUGCCCACAUCAUGGAAUUUGUAUAAAAAACAAUCAGACUCUGAUAAAAAGACAGACGAGAUAGAAAGACACUGUAUUGUUCAAGCCGUCAGCAGGAAUCAGCUGUUAUUUUUCUUGCUUGCAAAUGUCAUGACAGGCUUAACCAACUACAUAGUGGACACACUCAGUUGCAGUAGCUCAUUUUCAGUGUGUGUUUUGCUUUCUUACAUGUUCGUUAAUUGCUCUGUAAUACAGGUUUUACAUUUCUUGGGAAUAACUUUGAAAUUCUGGUAAAAUUGCAUUCAUCAAACAUGGUUCAUUUGUGUAAAGUCUUUUUUCUGGGGGUUGAAUGGCAGACUUGGACAUUUAAAAACGCUGAAGACAUAGAUGUUAUGUUACGAGAAGACAUUUUCUGUGAUAUUGAACAUACAACUGUACAUUAUUUGUUUGUUUAUGGAAGUAAAUGCAUGUCUUGAUAAAAUGUUGUCUCAAAAUAAGUGAGGCCUUGGAAAACAAAAUAUAAUAAAUCCAAAAGUUUUCGUUGA